AUGUUGUUGAUUGGGCGGAAGAAGGUGGGCUUCCGCGAGACUGUUGGACCUAACACGGGAAAUCCAAGGGACCUAAUUAGCAAUCUACAAUAAUAGAGGGGUAAUUGAGUCAUUUGGUAAACCAGGAGCCAAAUGGUACAGUAUAGACAGACCUCCAUGGACGAUCGAGAAUGAAGAAGGUCGUGAUACUAUUGACCAAGCCACUUGCUCUUCUCACACUCACCUUAACCGGAACUUUGUUGUUCAUACUACUUUCCCAGCCAAACCCAUCUUCUAGAAAACCGGAUUCCAUGGCUCGGAGCUUCGUUCUUUGGCUUCACGGCUUGGGCGACUCGGGACCCGCCAACGAGCCCAUCAAGACCUUCUUCACUUCUCCCGAGUUCAGGAACACAAUCUGGUCCUUCCCUUCUGCUCCUUCGAACCCAGUCACCUGCAAUUAUGGUGCUGUGAUGCCCUCAUGGUUCGACAUUCAUGAGAUUCCAGUGACUGCCGAUUCUCCAAAAGAUGAAGGCAGCUUGCUUAAAGCUGUUCAGAAUGUACAUAAGAUGAUAGAUAAGGAGAUAGCUGCUGGUACCAAUCCUAAAAACGUGUUUUUGUGCGGAUUCAGUCAAGGAGGUGCUCUGACAUUGGCUAGUGUUCUGCUGUACCCUAAGACUCUCGGAGGAGGCGCAGUAUUUAGCGGUUGGGUUCCCUUUAAUUCAUCGUUUCUAGAACAAAUCCCACCAGAAGCCAAGAGGACGCCAUUUUUGUGGUCUCAUGGAAUGGCCGACAGAACGGUUCUGUUUGAAGCAGGACAAGCAGGUCCACCUUUUCUUGAAAAAGCUGGUGUAAGCUGCGAGUUUAAGGCAUAUCCUGGUCUUGGCCAUUCAAUAAGCGGUGAAGAGCUCAAGUAUCUGGAAUCAUGGAUCAAAUCUCGUCUACAAAGUUCUUCUUAAAGGUUUACUAUCCGUCUGAUUAUAUACCUAUUGUUGGUAGUACUAAAUCAUUUUAAAAUUCUGAUUAUGUUUUGCAUAUCUUUUUUGCACCCUCUCUUGGUGCUAGAACCAUAUGCUUAUAUGCAUAAAGUUAAUGAAAGAACUAUGUGUUGUGUUGUAUUUUGUUUCAAUUCAAUUGAAAGCAACAUUGAACCCAACCUUAUCAUAUCUUUACAUUGCAUAGAAGCCAAUGUUGUAGGGGAGUGCCUUGUUGAUCUCUCAGCUUCAUUGCAUUGUUCUCAUUGGCUUGCCAUGUAGAACUCGACAGAACUUUUACAUCGAUUACACCCGAAUCAGGGUUAAAUUUCCUUCGUCAUGCAACAUUACACUCAUAGAUGACACUAAAGCAUAUCCUCAGAUUU